UAUGCCACGAGAACUUAGUGAAGAUCUAAGAUGGAGAGUUGUUUAUUUAAAUUCAAAAAGUUAUAGUAAUGAAGAUAUUACUAUGCUUCUUUUUAUAAAUGAAGCUUCUAUACAAUUAGGCCUAUUAAAGCGUAUCGUUAAGGAGAAAGUCAUUUUAUUACUUGAUGAGCUUGCAAUUAAAAUAGAAAACUAUACACAUAAACAAAAUCAUAAUGAAAUUACAAGAGAUGUAUCUG